AUGGUGAACAGGGCGGGAGGCUAUGUGAGGUGGGAGGAGGUCGUAGUCUCCAAAGACAAGGGGCGGCGAGAGGUGCACUAUUACCUGGAGGACGCCAGCGGCGGGGUGGUUCUGGCGGUGGUGGGGAGGGAGAGGAGCGCCCGGCAUAUGUCCUAUGCCGUGCCGGCUCUGUUCCUCCGGUCCUGGGGUGCGGAUGCCCUGGUAAAGCUCCCGACGGUGCAGCAGUCGCCGACGUCCUCUAUGAUCUGUAGCACUAUAGGAUCCGCCGCUAGCACCGUGUCUUCGUCGUCCCCUUCACCUCCAUCAUCCUCUUCGCCGCCCGCGGCCACCUUGUCUCUCAAGUGGCGUUCGAGAAGGGAGGUGAUUGAUUGGCUCUCUUCAGCCGUUUCAGGUGGGAUCUCUCUCUUCCCCACAACACCUCCCCCUCUCCCUCUCUCUCUCUCUCUCUCUCUCUCUCUGUCUCUGUGACCCCCUGCGCGCUCACGUCUUCCUGUGCCGUUAUCCUUCUCUUUGGAUUGGAAAUAUAGGGCGGGGGAUGCAAAGAUGAAUAAGUUGUUCAAUCUUUCUCCCUAUCAGGGGGAUUUUUUCCCCCCCUUCGUGACCACCCCGUGACAGAUUCGCCUUGGAUUAUUUUUUUCGUUUGGUUUCCGAUUUCGAUUUCGUAGCCUGAUCAUUAGAUUGUGGAGAGAUCGUAUUCGUUACGAGGUGAAGAGCUAUUUGCAUAUUAGCUGAUUUGUGGCCAUGCGUGGAUGAAAUUGGGAUUUUCGAACCUAUUUUUGCCCAUUCGAACCUCUUGCACCCUCGUGAUCUGCGUGUCAGGAUUUUGGCGUGUUGAUUGAUCCGUGAGUUUUCAUCCUAUAACCGGUCCGGGUUGCUAUCUGUCCUCGGGGUUCUAGGGUUUGUUGGGGAUCCUUUUUGGGGUUAUUCUUUGCGUUAACUCUUCGGGUCACGCGUAGCCACCAAGAAGAAUCGCGACCCUCCCCAGCUUCCGUCGGGGCUAUAACGUUUCCUUGGCAUAACGGAUAUGGGUUUCAGAACUUCUAAAUCGGGGACUUUUACUCCUUUUGGUCCUCGUUUUCCUUGUCGAUUGUUUUACCCUAGAGUUCUGAAUGUCCUAUCCCUUGCUGUUGGUGUACUUUUCCACGCCUCACUAGGGCGCCUUUCAUGUAAUAAUAGUUGAUCGGUGGAAUCAAAAUAUCUUCUUCCUGUAUUGAUCCUCGUGUUUAUGUGCCCUGCAGAAAGAUUAGGCCCUUUUAGGCGUUCAUGUUUAGUGGCCUGAACUUUUUCCUCAACGUAUGUCGUAUUACUUGUUGACUUUGUUUCUUCGGGCGAAUUUAUUUGCGAUCUCCUGCCCUCUGCUUUGAAUAUCCCGUGUGCUUAUAUCCCAAUGAUCUUGUACUUUUAAUGUUUCGGUGUCCAGAGGUGUAUUCCACUCCGUGCCCUUUGAUUAUCCGUUCCGAAGUCUACUUCUUUGGCUUUCUCAUCUAUGGGGUGGGUUGUAAUGAUUUGAGCUCGCCUUCAAGUUUUCGGUUGAUCAACUGGUUUCUUUUCCUUAAGAAAUACAGCAAGUGUUGGGCACACAAUAGUGUAUCAACCCAUUUAAAUGGAUAGACUAGACAAAGAUACUGAACCACUCCCGAUGUCUUCACGAGAACAGGUGCUCUACUUGUCGGUUGGCAAAUCAGCUGGCUGGUGCACCUAAAGAGGCAGAGUUGGGCUAAGCGAAGUUUAAUCUCCUAGAUGACGAUUAUUGACGUGGGUACCGCUCGGAGGAGGAUUAAGAUGUUGAGAAUUGGGAUUUAAAGGAUGUGAUGCCACAGAUUGGCUGCUAUUCACCAGAAACUGCUUUUCUUGUGGCUCUAAUCCUACCCUUCCGGUGGGAGAUCACUUCCAUCUCACAUGUUGUGCGCUACACAAGAGUUUUUUGGUCUUAGACAUGUUUAAUUUGAUUCGGUAUUCUGAUGAAUGGGGACUUUUUCUUGUGAAAUUUAUCUUAUCGUUUUUUUCGGCUUUUUCCCCAUUUUUUUUAUUUUCCCCUGAUUUAAUUGAUUUUUUUCAAUGAUAGGUCGAUUCCCUUGUAGAUUGCACAAAAGAAAAAUUUCAAUUUUUAAAUAAAUGCGCUAAAAAUCCUCUUUUUCUGUCUCUAUUUAUUGUUUUCCAUUGCUGUCAGCUAUAUAUUGACUGAUAGUCCAAAAACUUGUGUGGUGGAGCUCCUUUUAGAUUAUGCUAGUCUAUCUCCCAUCUGGAUUUCAUCUGUGACAUGGUUCUUUUAUUGACUUCCAACUUUUUUGGGAUAAACGUGCUCACAUUGUGCUUUCCAAUGUACUUGCACCUUCAGGUUCUUUACUCCUUUCGAACCCACUAGAUGAACUGUGUAACAAAGAAGAUGGGGUCAUUGCAGAUGACAGUGUAUGGAAGGUAAAUCAUGGAUUAAUGUAUACUGCGGUAGUCAUAUCUAUACGUUUGUUUAUGUUACGAUUUUUGUCCGCUCUUUCCGAUCCAACGUAACAUGAUUUUUCCUUCUUAUUCUUAUCUCUCGUUCUCUUUCUCCCUCUCUCUAUCAUUCCAGCUCACGCCCUCUGAGAAGACAAGCCACAGAUCGAGAAAAUUUUCAUGGUUAGGCUCUACCUGGACAUGUAGUAAACAAAGAAAGCAUUACAGUGCUUUCUUUCAGCAUGGAAUUAAAAUCUCUGUAAGUGGUUUUUAUUGCUGCCGUUCCCCUGCAUAUUAUCCUCUGCUUCAACCCAUUUUCUCAUUUGUGGGACUUUCUUUCUGAUACCUCGCAUCAGGUUCAGGACUUUGUGUAUGUCAUGGCCGAAGAGAAUAAGAGGCGGGUUGCAUAUGUUGAGGACUUGUAUGAGGACCUUAAAGCAAGGAAGAAGGUCGUGGUACGAUGGUUUCACCAAAUUGAUGAGGUUAAUGUUAUUUUGCCUCCCGAUGUUAAUGACAGAGAGAUUUUCUUUUCUCUUUGUCUCCAAGAUCUCAGUGUUGAAUGCCUAGAUGGGUUAGCAGCUGUCCUCAGUCCUCAGCAUUUUAACAAGUAUCUUGAUGUGGGAGUAAACACCCCAUGGAAGCCCUUUCUAUGCCGUAGGCAGGUUGAGAAUGGGGACGUCAUCAAGCCUCUUGACAUCACGAGUGUCCAGGGCUAUUGGAAGCAGGCGGUUCUCAGAUUCAUGUUCUCACAUGCCAGACUGCAUUUAAAGUCAACCGAGUCAACGGCGCUCAACCUCUUUACAUCAGAUGAAGCUGACACUGGCAGAGUUUCAGACAUCAAGCCCACGCGUAGGAGAGAUUUGAUCUGUGGGGAAGGUGCCAAGGGGAGCCUUCGGCUUAAAUUUAGGCGUUUGGAUGAAACCCACCACUACCCACCCGCUCCUUUGCCCCCAAAGAAAAACCCUGGCCAGAAGAGGCAGCAGCUGCUCUCUCCUGGCCAAUGCAUUGAGGUUCUCUCACAGGACAGUGGGUUGAGAGGCUGCUGGUUCCGUUGUGUUAUCCUCAAGAGGUGUCAAGACAAGGUGAAGGUCAGGUACACCGACCUUCAAGAUGCUGAUGGAACUGGCCCUUUGGAGGUAACAGCUUUCGUCUUUUUUAAUUUGUUUUAAAAAUUAUUCUGGGUAAUCCUGACGGGUCAAUCUGAGGUGCUUACGAGGGUAAACUUGAUCUUCAUAUACAGGAAUGGAUUCUGGCACCAGGAGAAGUUGCAGCUGACAAACUGGGUAUCAGGUUGCAGGGGAGGACUACGAUCCGCCCCCAACUGCUGCCUCAGAGCAAAAUAUCCUCAGCAGUCUUCAAUGUCGGGUCCAUUGUCGAUGCAUGGUGGCAUGACGGCUGGUGGGAAGGGGUCGUCUUGUCCAGAGAGGACGAUUACACCAUUCGUGUGUAUUUCCCAGGUGAAUUUUCAUCCCAAAACGAUCCUCCAUAUAAUCUGGCUCAAGAAAUCUAUUAUUUAUUAUUUAUUUUGUCUUAUUCAGGAGAGCAAAGGACAUCUGCAUUUGAGCCACAAGACCUGAGACCGUCUCAGGAUUGGUUUCACAACAGGUGGAACAGAUUGAGAGAGCGGCCAGAUAUUGUCAGCUCCUUGCUUUCUGAUUCCAUCACGGAGGUCAAUGGGGAAGACAGUGGGGGUUCUAACCCAGCCCCUCUGCAUCGGGAAUCGAACGUGGAUUCUCCGCCUGGGGAUGUUGAGGAUCCUCCCCGGAUGGGGAAGAAGGAAGCAGAUGUCCAGGACCUUGCACUGGACGACUUGUUCGGUCGCCUGAAGUGGAGAUCCUCAAGGAAACGAUGCGGGCGGGGAUUUGCCCGGCGCAGGCAGAACUGGGCAGGAGACAGCGAUGGAAGCAGCGACAGUAGCGGCCGCGGCUCAGCCGGCGACUCUUUGGGUUGCUUGAAGUUCUUGGCGCCGCCUCCAUUGAUGGCGGAUAGCGAGGCCUGCAAGUUCAGAGGGGGCCGUUUGUUCGACGACUCCACGGCCAUCUCAAACCUGGUCGUGUCCUGA